AUGCCUCGCGGAUAUUUGAACCUUGAUAACUACGACAUUGAUGGCGCCACAGGAUUCUUCCCCCCUCAGCCGCUCCAACGCCUCGAUGGAGUUUUCGAGUUGUGGGAGAGGGGUUUGGAAGAAGCCGAGGGGAAUCUCAGCCUCGGAAGUGAUGGGCGGGCUGAGGCGAAGGCCAAGCGUGCGAGAGGCGAAGCAUGGCGAGCACAGAUCAGAUCUCUCCCGGUACUCGACAUACGCUGUCUUGGGAAUGACGAGCGGCGAUGGCAGCGCGCGCAUAUGACUUUGGGGUUUCUCGUCCAUUACUAUGUGCACUCGCAGCCGCCUAGGAGUCAACCAGGACCCGUAACUGUUCCGAAGAGUUUGGCAAUCCCUCUCGUGAAGGUGUCUCGGCUACUUGGGACAGCACCGGUGCUUACUUUUGCAGAUGUCGUUUUGUGGAAUUGGACGCCCAUAGACCCCCAAUUACCGAUCUCAGCGCAUAACUAUGGUUGCACCCACACGUUGUCCGGUACUCAGACGGAAGUCGAGUUCUACCGCCUCUCAGCAAGGGUCGAGAUACGAGGGGUUGAGAUGUUGCGCAUCAUCGAUCGCUAUGUCCACCUUGAAGACAAGACCAGCAUGAUUACGAUGUCAAGGCUGGCGAAAGACCUGGAACGACUUUCCACCAUUAUACAAGAAAUGGCGGAUAUCAUGGCAAACUCGAAGCAGACCGUCGAGCCGUACGCUUUCUACUGGCACGUCAGGCCUUGGUGGAACGGUAACACGUCAAGCGGCACGAACGUCACGGAUUGGAUCUACGAGGGAGUUCCAGAGACAGAGAAGCUGAAUCUCGGUGGACCUUCGGCCGGACAAAGCACCGUCAUGCAUGCUCUCGACGCCUUUUUGGACGUCGAUCACACGGCUACGAAGAGACGCUAUCCGCCACCAUCGGAGGAUAAUCAGAAGGCAGACACCGGCUUCAUGGAAAGGAUGAGGCAAUAUAUGGCCGGAAAGCACAGGGCCUAUCUCGCCGAUCUUAGCUCCAUACAGCUCCCGAUACGAGAGUUGGCAAAGGAAAAUGCGAUGCUGCGAGAGGCAUUCGACACGGCCACGCUCACGUUGAAGAAGUUGAGGGAUAUGCAUAUCCGGGUGGCCACCCUCUACGUCGUUUCGAUGUCGCAUACAGCACCUCCGGAGGGUAGCGAGCUGAUCGUUGCACCGAGAAAGGGCCCGGUAAAAGGGACGGGUGGGAAUGACCUUUCAUCGCUACUCAAAGCGGGAAGAGAUGCUACGAAUCGGGAAAGCACGACGGAUUCGUAA